GGGGCGGGGCGUGUGCGAGGGGCGGGGAGCGCCUUGCUUAGAGAGCAAAACGCACGAAGGUGAGAGGUAAAGUACGGAACCGUUUGGGCAAGCUACUCCGAGGAGAGUUCGAUUUCAAUUAAGUUCCUUAUGUCUUCCCCUGAAAUUGCUUCCCUCUCCUGGGGACAAAUGAAAGUACGAGGCUCUACUAAAACCUACAAGGACUGCAAAGUGUGGCCAGGGGGUAGUCGGGCUUGGGAUUGGAGAGAAACAGGAACUGAGCAUUCUCCUGGUGUACAGCCUGCAGAUGUAGAGGAAGUUGUCAAGAAGGGUGUGCAGACCCUUGUGAUUGGCCGAGGCAUGAGUGAGGCCUUGAAGGUGCCUCCAUCAACGGUGGAGUACCUCGAGAAACAAGGCAUCGAUGUGCGAGUACUCCAGACAGAGCAGGCAGUGAAGGAGUAUAAUGCCUUGGUUGCCCAAGGAGUCAGGGUGGGAGGUGUUUUCCAUUCCACCUGCUGAUGGAGCUUUAAGAUGAGAAUAAACCACUAAGCAAUGAUGCCUGUGACUAUCAUUCUUAC